CGCAAGACAGAUCCUUGGGAUUUGGAAUAACGCAGCUAUACGUCAACGGUAAAGCAUAUAUACAAGCGAGAAUAAAACGUCGUCGCAUCAAAACUGCACUCUGCCCCAUCAUGACAGGUAUAUGGUGGCAGACUCAUCAAUCACCGUCCAUCCCAUCUCAGCUUAAUCUCUGCUACGCUUUUCCCUUCAAAACAGCGGAAAAAAAAAAUAAUUAAGGGAAAUCCUUCCUCUUCAAUCCAUGAUAUUAUAUCUUUCUGUCAAUUAAACACGAUUUCUCGUUUAUCUUUUAAUUUUAUUUUUAGGGAUUUUGAAUUUCGAUUCUUUUGAUGAAGAAUACCAAGGUUUUUUAAAUUACAUGAUGUCCAAAAAAGCCAGCAACUGUGCUAUUUGUGACAAUUCAAAUCGCGCUUCUAUUUGCGCCGUUUGCGUAAAUUACAGAUUAAUUGAGUAUAAUUCUUGGUUAAAAUCCUUGAAAACCCGUCGUGAUCUUUUAUAUUCAAAAUUAGCCGAAGUGCUUGCUGCAAAGGGGAAAGCUGAUGAUCAACUGAAUUGGAAAAUUCGUCAAAAUGAGAAGCUAGCUAACUUGAAAGAGAAGCUUCGUCGUAGUAAAGAACAAUUAGCUCAAGGGAAGGCUGAGAUUGAGAGAGUGUCUCAUGACUUAAAGGUUAAGUAUGCAGUGCUUGAAUCUGCUCGUGGCACGUUGGAAAAGAAUCGUGUGGAACAGCUCCAGAAGAUAUAUCCCAACCAUAUUUGCGCUCAAAGCUUGGCUCAUAUGGCAAUUACCUCGGAACGUCUUCAUAAGCAGUCCAUGGUCAUAAAACAGAUAUGCAAAUUGUUUCCCCAACGUCGAGUAAAUUUAGAUGGGGAGAGAAGAGAUGGAUCUAGUGGUCAGUAUGAUCUGAUUUGCAAUGCACGCUUACCAAGAGGGCUUGACCCACACUCUGUUCCCUCAGAGGAGCUUGCUGCCUCGUUAGGAUACAUGGUGCAACUUCUAAAUCUCGUUGUUCAUAACUUGGCUGCUCCUGCACUUCAUAACUCGGGUUUUGCGGGGUCUUGCUCAAGGAUAUGGCAACGAGAUUCUUAUUGGGAUGCACGCCCUUCUUCUAGAAGCAAUGAAUAUCCACUUUUUAUACCGCGACAAAAUUAUUGCUCCACUAGUGGCGAUAAUUCAUGGACAGAUAGAUGCUCUAGUAAUUUUGGUGUUGCUUCAAUGGAAUCUGAGAGAAGGUCCCGCCUGGAUUCAUCUGGAAGUAAUAGCUUUAAUUAUUCUUCUGCCUCUCCACACACUGUUGAAACUCAUAAGGACUUGCAGAAAGGGAUAUCUCUUCUGAAGAAAAGUGUGGCAUGCAUAACAGCUUACUGCUAUAACUCACUCUGUGUAGAUGUUCCUGCAGAAGCAUCUACCUUUGAAGCAUUUUCUAAACUAUUGGCCACACUAUCUUCAACCAAGGAAGUUCGAUCUGUUUUAUCCUUGAAAAUGGCUUGUACAAGGUCAGGCAAGCAAGCUCAACAACUUAACAAAUCUGUAUGGAAUGUGAAUUCUACCAUGACAUCAAGCACAUUAUUGGAGAGCGCACACAUGCUUCCUUUGACGAAAAACUUUUAUGAUCGUAACCUUCCAAGUUCAGCUGCUAGUUUUCUUUUUGCCACUGAGGUGUCUGAUGUUGGAAAGAACGAAAGCCUUAUUGAUGAAUGGGAUCUUGUGGAGCAUCCGACAUUUCCCCCUCCACCAUCACAAACAGAGGAUGUUGAGCAUUGGACUCGAGCCAUGUUUAUUGAUGCCACAAAGAGAUGACCGGUGCUUGUAAGUGGCAUAUUGUAAUUUAAUCUAGUAAAGUCUCGAGUAAUGAUACCUUAGGCCAAUGCUUAUUUCGCCUGAGUUAUAGAUUUAAACCAAACAAAACUAUGGUGUUGAGCAUUACCGUUGCGGAUGUCAUUUCUAUAGGAAGAAAUCAUGUAUCUACCAUAUGUGAUGUUAGAAACGUAUAAUUUGUUUGGUCCUCUCCAAUGUAGAUUAUUGUUAAAUUUUCUCUCUUAAACAGAUUAUUUUCA